GCCCCGGGGCGAACAGUCAAAAUCUUUGUUUCUGCCUCGCGAUAUCGAUUGAACACCAUCACGAUGAACGCGAAGUUGCUGAUCGCAUUAACGUUGAAUCUGCUGGCGUUCGUCGCCGCAGAGGACGCCACAGCCCUGGAACAAAUGGAGAACAAACUGUCCAGAGCGAUGGAUAAUCUGAAUCGAAUGGACACCAUUAAGAUCUAUGGGGACAUGAUUACCCUGGAGAAGAUGCACGUCGAUGAGGAAGUUGAAACUGCCAGAUCCAGCCAGGAUCCUCUAGUGAGCAGAAUCGAACAGUUUUUCAGGAGCAGAAGAAUUCAACUGCAUUUACCUAACGAUGGCACUUCGGCUGACAUGUUUGGCCGUGCCCUAGGACAGAAAGACAUGGGGGUUGAACUCAGAGGACUGACCAAGGGAGCUUCCGAAGCGCGAACUAAAUUGAAGAAAAUCAUGCUGCCGCUCCUGUUGGCCCUGAAACUGAAGGCCAUGAUCGUCCUGCCCAUCGUCAUCACUCUGAUCGGUUUAAUAGGAAUCAAGGGUCUCGGCGCAGGGCUCCUGUCCCUUCUUCUCUCUGGAGCGGUGGCUUUGAAAGCUCUGUUGACACCACCGCCCCCGUAUCCAGCCAGAGUCACUUACGGGGUUGCCAAGCCCGAUAUUCAUCACGAACACUGGCACAGAUCGCAGGAGGAAGUGAAUCAACCCUACAGGGGUUGGGCACCGGAAUUCGCUCCCGAACAAUAUCCCUUCCAAGACAUCCCUUAAUCCUCUGAUCAAACAUACCUUCGUCACCAUUCGCCACCUCAUCCCCUCAUUUUAUUUAUUGUCACCUUUUUUACGCUCGAGCUAUUGAAUAAAGACAUCGCCUUUCCUUUUCCUACGA